GUGUGUGUGUGUGUCUGUCUGUCUCUGUCUGUCUCUCUCUCUCUCUGCGGGGAUGCAGAGAUGCUGACAGAGUGCAGGGGGCCAUGGGGGAUAAUCAGCAGGAUGUGAGCCCCCGUGUGAUAGUGUGGCCAAAGGAGCUAAGGAUGCCCAAACAGGGGAAUCCCGAGCAGGAGCAGAGAGGACAUUUUACCUCUGGAUUCGGCCCUGGUGCGACCACUGCUGGGGUCCUGUGUCCAGUUCCGGUGCAGUUCAAGAAGGAUGUGAAUAUGUUGGAGAGGGGGCAGAGGGGUUAGAAGGUUACAAAAUGUGGCCUGGAGUGAUAGAUCCCAGGAGCUCAAGCUAUCUAGCUUAGCAAAGAGAAGCUCCCACCUCCCGGGGUGACUUGCUCCAGUCUAGAAGCACCUACCUGGGGAUCAAAUAUUUAAUAACAGGCUCUUCAGGCCAGCAGAGAAAGGUCUCACGUGACCACAUGGCUGGAAGUUGAAGCCGGAGACAUUCAGCCUGGAAAGAUGAUGUCUAUGUUUACCAGGGAGGGGAAUUGGCCAUGGGAACAAUGUACAAAGCACCGCAGUGGAUUCUCCAUCAAGGCGGGAUGUGUUUCUCGGAGGUCUGCUCUCGUUCAACCAGGAAUUAACUGGGCGCAGUUCUCUGGCCUGUUAUCCAGGAGCUCAGCCUUGGUCCCUCCUGGCCUGGGAAUCUACCAGUCUCUGCCAUGGCUUCUUGGAAUCCGUCUUCUCGCUCUGGUGCCACCCAAGGGACAGGAAUGCAAAAUAUGCAGGUAAACUGAGUCACGCAGCUUGUUCACAGAAAUAUUUCCAUGUUCUCUCGCUUCUCCCCAGACUCCUGCUGCCAGGAAGGGGCACACCUGGGCUGGAGCUCAGCCGUCCUCCAGCAGAGCCCUUCUGCUCCAGGUGCCGGGUCCUGACCCAGUAGGUUCCUCCCACCCAGCGGGUCUGGAGAGAUGGAGCGACUCCGGGAGGAUGUCACCUGCUCCAUCUGCCUGGAUGUCUUGAAUGACCCCGUCUCCAUCGAGUGCGGCCACAACUUCUGCCGGGGCUGCCUCGCAGCUCACUGGCACAUGGUCUCAGCCUGGAGGUCCCAGUGCCCUGAGUGUCGGGCUCCCUGCUCCAGGGACAGGAUGACCCCAGACACGCGCCUCAGAGCCCUGGUGGAGAAAAUCACAGAGCCCCUGCGGGAAGAGAUGGAGCCACAGGGGCCGGGGGCUCAGCCAGAGCCGGGGCGCCCGGUGCAGCUGGUGCAUCUGGACGAGGAAGGGGACCUGAUCCUGGACGAGGAGGCCCUGAACGGCUGCCUGGAGCAGGGUGGGGUGGGGGCCGCCCCUGUCUGCCUGGUGUCCAUCAUCGGGGAGCAGCGCCGGGGCAAAUCCUUCCUGAUGAACUGCCUGCUGCGCCGGCUCCAGCACCCGAACCAAGAGCACAUGGCCCUGGGAGGGUUUGAAUGUCGUGCUGGGACAGCGACCGUGACGAAGGGGGUGUGGAUGUGGGGCCAGCCCCUCUGGGUCCAGGCCCAGGGGAGGAGGGUGGCCGUGUUCCUGGUGGACACCGAGGGCUCCCUGGACCUGCAGCGCCGCAUGGAGACCAGCAUCAAGCUCUCCGUGUUCAGCAUAUUGCUCAGCUCCUACUGGAUUUUUAACAUUUCCAGCACGUUUACCCGGACGGAGGCAGAUUAUUUGGAGAUGUUCGUUCAUGUUGCAAAGGAGGUCGGAGAGACCUGCAAUCUGCCCCCAAUCCAGCACCUGGACCUGCUGGUGCGAGAUUGGCAGCUCUCUGGAGCCUAUGGUGCGGACGCGGGGCAGGAGUAUCUCAGAGACAUCACACGGGUAAUGAUCAGAUACCGCGACCUGGAGGCCUCUGCCGAGCAGCUCUUGGUGUUGGAAGCCAUGAGGGCAAGAAGCACCCAGUGUUACCUACUGCCUCACCCUGGCACUGGGUUCACCAGGAGCAGGGCAGGGACACCAGCUGACAUGGACACAGUUUUCCAGCAGUACCUGUGCGACUAUGUCACCACUGUGGUGCGCUCAGCAGGGACACACGUCCGGACGGACCGAGCCGGGCAGGCGCUGACUGGGGCUCAGCUGGCUACCAAGAUCAAGGGCGUCUCCCGAUACUUGAAGACCCAGCGCUACGACUUCUCCUCCCCUGUGAAGAUGGCUGAGGCAUUUGCAGCGAUGAGAGAGGAGGUAAACCGGAGAGCAGUCGAAGCCACCAGGAGGGAAUAUGAACAAUUUGUGCAGGAGCUGGACUGUGACCACCAGAGCAUGAUCAGCUGCCUGAGGGUGAAGCCUGCGGAGAUGCAGCAACGCCUGGAGGGGAAACGCCAGGAGCUGCUGGAACACUGCCGGGGGGAGCUGUGGGGCAAGGACCUCCAGAAACAGGCGGCCCUGGAGGAGCUGAAGAAGGAACUGGAUAAGCAGAUGGCGACAUUCCUGCCGCGCUAUGAACAGCGCUUUAAAAUGGCAGCGAUGAUAGAGGAGGAAAACAGCAAAGCAGUAGAAGCCUCCAGGAGGGAAUAUGAACAAUUUCUGCAGCAGCUGGACCGUGACCACCAGAGCAUGCGCCGCUGCCUGAGUGUGAAGCCUGAGGAGAUGCGGCAACGCCUGGAGGGGAAACACCAGGAGCUGCUGGAGUGCUGCCGGGGGGAGCUUCAGGGCGAGGACCUCCAGAAACAGACGGCCUUGGAGGAUCUGGAGCAGGAGCUGGACAGGCAGAUGGACGAGUUCCUGUCAGCCUAUGGGCAGCGCUUUAAAAUGGCGGAGAUGGCAGAGAUGAGAGAGAAGGCAAACAGAGGAGCAGUAGAAGCUGCCAGCAGGGAAUAUGGACUAUUUGUGCAGCGGCUGGACCGUGACCACCAGAGCAUGAGCAGCUGCCUGAGGAUGAAGCCGCUGGAGAUGAAGCGACGCCAGGAGAUGAAACACCGGGUGAUCCUGAAACGCUACCAGGGGGAGCUGCGGGGCGAGGACCCCCAGAAACAGGCGGCCCUGGAGGAGCUGAAGAAGGAACUGGACAAGCAGAUGGCGACGUUCCUGCCGCGCUAUGAACAGCGCUUUAAAAUGGCUGCGAUGGAGGCCAACAAGAAAGCUGUAGAAGUUGCCAUGAAGGGAUAUGAACACUUUGUGCAGAAGCUGGACCGUGACCACCAGAGCAUGAGCAGCUGCCUGAGAGUGAAGCCUGCGGAAAUGCAGCAACACCUGGAGGUUAAAUGUCAGGAGUUGCUGGAGCGCUGCUGGAGAGAGCUAUGGAAUGAGGACCCCCAGAAACAGGCUGCCCUGAAGGGGCUGAAGCAGGAACUGUCCAGUCAGAUGGCCCAGUUCCUAACGGCCUACAAUAAGCGCUUUAAAGAGAAGCAGUACAAACGGUGGGGCAUGCGCAUUUUAGAGGGUGCCGUGGUAGUGGCGGGUGGGAGUGUUGGAGGACGCAUCGGUUUGAGUGUAGCUGCGGCUAUGGUGGCGGGUGCAGAACGUUUUAUGGGGCUAGAUUAGAUAGAUAUGAGGGAGUGUAUGGGGAUAGAUAGAUAGAUAGAUAGGAAAAAUAUAAAGAACUUCCCACAGGUAGCUAGAUUUCAAAAGGACACAGACUGAAUUAUUUACAGUGGGAUCACCAAGGUCAGAAUCGAGCCCUGACCCCAUCGGUGUCAGUCAAUAAAUAACCCGGCCCUGGAUCCUGUGCUCUGAGCCACCCCCUGCAUCCCUCAGUCACAACUUUCAUUGAUCCUCAUUUUCAACAAGUGAGUUUGGUUGGGGGUUUUUUACAUUUUCUCCCCACCUGAAAAAAUGUGUGUGCAGGGGCAAUUUGGGGUUUUUUUUCCCUGCUGAUUUGAAAAUGAUUCCAAAUCCCAGAAUCCCAAUGAAAGCCAAAUUUUCCCACCAAAAAAGUCACUUCAAAAGCAACAGUUUUCCCACAAAAAAAUUUUUUUUGUGAUUAAAAUUCAUGUUUUUGGUGACAACGUCUCAGUUGAAAUAUUUCCAUCAGCUGGGAAGAGGGAGGAUCUCAGCAUCUGUGUGUUCAUGAGGGGGGGAAAGGACUGUUUGAAUUCAUGUGAAUAGGCCCAUGUUUCCAUCCAAGUGAGGACAUAAGAACGGCCGUACCAGGUCAGACCAAAGGUCCAUCUAUCCCAGUAUCUGUCUACUGACAGUGGCCAAUGCCAGGUGCCCCAGAGGGAGUGAACCU